AUGGCACUACAAACACAAUCCGAUGAUAUGCCAGCUGUUAUCCUCAAAUCAUUGCCUGUGUAUCAAGACUUUCGAUACGAGAGAGCACAAGAUUCGAACGACUCUUCUCAAGAUCUCUUGGUGACGUUUGCUUCAAAUGGAAAGGAGAUUCAUGCCACCUUCCCCGAGAAAAAGUACAUGAUGAUCGUACUGGAUGAGCUGCGUACUAUCACUGAAACUGCAAGGAAGAAUGGAUAUUGCAAAGAGUCAAAUACUCAUCGAUGGAUGGAUGCCUACGGCAAAUUUGGUGCCGAAGAAAAGCCAAGCAUUAAGAGAAGACCUCGUCCUGCCAGCAGCCUUCCCCAAGUCUUGCCUAUGCAACGUACUGAAUCAGAAGCAUUUGUCAGCUUACGACGUGCCGCUUCACGUGCCGCUUCCAAGAUUGCAAACCACGUCCCUGCGCUAGCAGCUAAAAGGCACUGGAUCAAUGCUCGCUUGAUGGAUAGAGAGAAUGAGUUCGUUACUAGGGAACCAGCAAAAGUUUUUGCAGGAACCUGGAACGUGCAUGGAAGUCUACCAUCGGAAUCAUUGGCAACAUGGCUUGUUGAUCAUGCCGAUUCAAAGGAGGGUUUUGAUCCUGAUUUCUAUGUCAUUGGCCUGCAAGAAAUGGAAACGAACAAAGACGCCUAUAUCAGAUAUGAUCCUACCAAGGAGAACGCCUGGGUUCAAGCGAUAUUUGACGCUCUGGGAACUAAAAGUGAUGAAUACUAUAAGGUGGCCACACAGCAACUCGUGACAAUCCUCAUUAUCGUCAUUGCCAAAAAGAAGCACCAGCCUUAUAUCACUGAAGUUGAAACAAACUAUGUGGGCGUAGGAUUGAUGAACAUGAUCGGCAACAAAGGUGGUGUUGGUGUUCGUCUACGCUUCUAUGACAGCUAUUUGUGCUUUAUUGGUUCGCAUCUGGCAGCUUUUACAGACCAAGUCGAUCGCAGAAACCAAGAUUUUGCCGAGAUAUGCAAGAGGUUGACUUUUACGCAUAAGCAAGAUCCGCUCUUAUCAUACGUUGAUCACUCUUGGAAUGAUGGUGGUGAUGAAGGUGUCUCGUUCCUUGAAAAUCAAGGCGUCAAAUAUGAUUGGUCACAAAUGGCAUCCGUUUUUCAUUCCGAUUUUCUGAUUUGGUUGGGAGAUCUGAAUUACCGUAUCAAUCUUACCGAGCCAGAGAUCAAAUCCCGCUUAGAACGCAAGCAAGUAGCCAAGCUGAUGGACUAUGACCAGCUUUCCAUUGAACGAAAAGCGGGUAGAGCAUUCCCUAUGUUUGAUGAAGGCGACAUCGAUUUUCUUCCCACCUACAAGUUUGAUGCAGGAACCAAUCAAUACGAUACAAGUGCAAAACGACGUGCACCUUCAUGGACGGAUCGUAUUUUGUGGAAGAAGGAGCGGGUGCCCAUGUCAAGCGAGAUGAAGGAAGAGCGUGUCCCAUCCCUGAAACUUGAACGUUACGACAAUUGCAUGGAGAUGAUGUCAAGUGAUCACAAGCCUGUGUAUGCACAUAUGGAGUUGCAGAUCCGCCAAAUAGACAGCAAGAAGCAAAAAGAUACCAAAGCAGCAUUGGCACGACAAUUGGCAGAAACCAAGGAUAAUAUCACCAAGGGACAAAUCUCCUCUUCCUUUGUCGAAUUUGGUGAUGUCAACUUUAUGGAGCACAAAGAACGCACUCUCAUCCUUGAGAACACUGGGCAGGUGCUGGCACCUUUCCGAUUUAUCCCCAAAAUGGAUGAGAAUGAAGCAUGCCCCUCAUGGCUACACGUACACCCUAUGUCUGGUAUCCUUGGACCCGGCGAGAAAGUGGUGCUUCAUUUUGAGAUCUUGAUAGAUCCCACUAUCUCGACACCAUUCAAUGAAGGCACUGAAAAGAUUGACAGCAUCCUCGUAUUACGCUUGGAAAAUGGAAAGGAUUUCUUUAUCGUUGUCUCCGGGGUUUAUCAUCCUACAUGUUUUGGCGUGUACUUGGAUCAAUUGGCACUCAUGACAUUGCCUGUCAGCGAAGCAGCUACUGCACCUUCCGACAAGAAAUCGAAAAAGCAGCAACAACCAACCGAACCCUCACCACAACAAGCUACACUACCUAAAGAACUAUGGCGUUUACUCAACUUUUUGUGGAACAAAAACAUGCUAUGCCUUGAAUCAUUGUUCUUGCAAAGUGGUGAUCGCGUGGUGUCAAACUAUAUUCGUCGUUGUCUUGACACUGGAGAGCAAUUUGAUACCCAUGUUCUAUUGAGCGGCCGUGCUUCCGAGGAUGAUACCAAAGAAGAUGAUGAUACAACAGGCGCAAAUUCGAUGAUCGAUGUGCUUGUGGCAUUCCUUGAAUGUCUACCAGAACCAGUGAUCCCAACCAACAUGUAUAAACAAGCGCUGAAAGCUGCAGAAAGCGUCGAGGCGUUAUCAGAGUUCAAGGACAAGUUGCCUUACAUCCAUCUCAACGUCCUUUUGUAUAUUACCAGCUUCUUGAAAGAUGCCAUCAAAUAUGCACCUACAUCAUGUCGUCAGGAUCGUAUAGCACAAAUUGUGCAACUCUUUACAGUAUUGCUUCGACCAUCAAUCGAUUAUAAAGAACAAAAUCCUCUGUUUGCACAGCAGCAACGUGAACGAUUUAUCCAUCAAAUUCUCAACAAUUGA